AUGGCCGCUGAUGAAAAUUAUGACCUAAAUGAAAACCCUUUUAAACCAAGACAUUAUUUACCAUCUGAACAAUUUUCCUUUACCGCUGUUGAACGUGAAGAAGUUGAAUCUAUUGUUAUGUCUAUGGCACCAAACAAAGCUCCUGGGAAUGAUAAAGUUCCGAUACAUGUAAUCAAAACUUGCUUGACUGUAAUUUCACCUACCAUCACUUCAAUUAUCAAUGCUUCACUAUUAACCUCUAGUUUUCCGAGCGUAUGGAAAAACGCUGAAGUUGUUCCUAUCCACAAGGGUGGUGAUCAUGAGAUCGCAAAUAAUAAUAGACCUAUAUCGUUAUUGCCAGUGCUAUCAAAGAUCUGCGAACGAGCAGCUUAUAAUCAGUUUUCGACCUACCUUCUCUUGAAUGAUCGUUUAUCGUCUAAACAAAGUGGAAACAAGCAUCUACACUCAACAGAAACCUCGGUAAUUCAGACUACAGACAUGAUCCUGAAUGCCAUUGACAAGAAACAGCUAACUGCGAUUGUAUUACUCGACAUGAGCAAAGCAUUCGAUAGCAUAGAUACCACGACUCUGAUUACUAAGUUAGAAGAUGUUGGCGCGUCUUGUCAGGCGAUUCAAUGGUUCCAAAGCUACCUAACAUCCAGGUAUCAAGUAGUAAGAAUACAAACAACCUUAUCCGACCCUUUAGAGGUAAAGAGUGGAGUACAUCAGGGAAGUAUACUUGGGCCACUUCUGUUUAGUAUUUAUGUGAACGAUUUGCCAUCAGUUCCACAACAAUGUUCUCCCUAUUCCUAUGUCGAUGACACAAAACUCCUAAUGUCGUUUUCUCUGCAACACCAACAAAGAGCUGUCUCAGAAAUAAAUCAAGAUCUCUUGAGAAUACGUAAUUGGUGUUUUGAUAACAAGUUACUGUUAAACCCAGGAAAAACUAAGGCCAUGAUAUGCGGUAGCAGACAGAUGAGAGCAAAACUUCCUAAUUUUCGCCUCUCACUUCUCGGUAAAGAAAUCAUUGUAACAAGCGCCAAAGAUCUCGGCGUAAUCUUGGACUCUGGUAUGACGUUCGACAGCCAUGUACAAGCCACUAUCUCCUCAUGUAUGUCUCGUUUAGGUCAAAUAAACCGUGUGAAACAUUGCUUUGA